AUGAACCGUGCAUCUGCAACAACAAGCUCUCUGCUUCGUGUCUCGGCCUCAGUGUCGACCUCCAUCUCUAGAAACUCUUCUUCGCGACACAUUGUUCUGCUACGAUCUUUUCAUAAGUCUUCUCGAAUAAUACCAUCAACCUCAACCUCAACCUCAAUCUCAACAUCAACUACCUCAAAUUCUACUUCUUCCACUUCUACCCAACCAACAAAUGAACCUGCAAUUCUUUUCCGAAAAUCAUUCAAAUUCUCUGUUAGAAAAUCAACCCCACUUACUGCCUCGAAUGCCCGUCCUUUUUACGCUGCUCGUGCAGCUGCAGCUGCUGCCUCUGCCUCUGCCUCUGCCUCUGCUUCUGCCAUUGCCCAUUUCUCUACCUCCGCGGCAUCUAAUCAAACAAAAUCUACACAACAGUCACAACAAGCAGCAACAGCAGCAACAACAGCAACAACAGCAGCAGCAACAGAAAAAGCUGAAGUUGAAGUUGAAGCUGAAGCUGAAGAACCACCAAUGGAUCCUUAUGAACAAGAACUUUACAAUUUGCUUACAACAAAGUUUACUCCUGCCCUUUUGGAUGUCCGAGAUGUUUCUGGAGGUUGUGGAUCCAUGUUUUAUAUCAAUAUUGUUUCUGAAAAGUUUAAUGGAAUGUCCCUUGUUAAACAACACCAGGCUGUCAAUGCUGUGCUUAAAGAUGAAAUCUCUAAAUGGCAUGGACUCCAGCUUAGAACAAAGGCCUUGGACAAGUACAAGAAAUAA